AUGGUAUCCACUUCACCAGUUGGUGUUCUUUGGCGAAGGGAAACUACGAAUCGGAUCAGAAGUAGCUCAUUAGCUACUAGGUUCAGAGGGCUAAAGAGAAGGUGUGGAUUGCCUUUUCUUUUUUCAGGGGAUGGGGAUCAUUGGAUUGAUUGGCUCUUUUAUCCCCGAGGUUUUAUGGCAAGUUCGAGCCUAGCUCCCAGGCAUUGGAUAUGGAAAUGCAGGAGAGGUGGUCGAAUUAGAUUGGUGGUUCGUGAUUGGGCCCGGGAUCGGGGGAUUGGGGGUGAGAGCGUUAGAGCCAGCCUCUUUGUUUCGAUCGGAAAGAAGACUUGGAGACAUUGA